AAUCUCUGUCACACCUCGUCCGGUGACUACAUCAGUUCAGAACUCUCCGUUAUAACGUCCCCUCAUGUGCUGUCUGUAGCGCCUUGUCUCGUCGCAUCUUGUCCCUUUGCUCCAAUUCGCGUCUCUGUGAUCGUAUCGGUCGUUACAAUCAUGUUAUCACAGCUAUCCAAGAAGUUCCUCAGAGAACAAGGCAUUAGCUUUUUAGCAGGCAUCCUGCGCCUCACUAUCGUGUAUCCUCUCAUCGAGUAUGCAAGCGCCGCCCAAAGACACUGGAAAACUACGAAAGCGCAUGGUAUACUUCAAAGAGAUGGUCCGUAUAAUCAUGACAUUAUGGAUAACGAAAAGCUCGCGUAUAUCUGGGGCUAUUUUGCGUUUUGGUGGUACUUGCUAUCAUGGGUGCCAUCGAUCCUAACUCUCGUUCCUCCAAAACUCAUCUUUCCCAUGAUCGAUGGUUGUAUCGUAGUUUUCAUAUCUACUGCAACUCAUGCACAGACAGCCUACGCACCUCACAGUGUAGAUAGCUGCAAAGGUCCCGGUGCACAUGAACUUCAACGCCCCCCAGGAGUAAAUGAGAGCUUUUUUGAAGCGUCAGCUAGACUCAACGCAACGGUGACUGACCCGUUCACUAUGUGUAAGAGCUAUGCAACCGAAUGGCAGCUUGGUCUGACGGUUUGCAUCAUUCUGUCCAUCGCCACAGUCAUGAAAUUCUAUGUCUGUAUCAGAGACACGAGAGACAUAUGCCUCAAAGCGCGCGAGGAAAAUCGAUCCGUCCGAGAAGCUCUCGUAAUGAGCAGCAUCGAAUCCUUGAAAGUUUUCCCACUUCUACUGUUUUAUGGCUGUGUUUACGCACCUUUUUCCUGCAUUUUCAGGUGUCUCCCCAUAUCAGUCAAAUCGCGUGUCCGGUUUGCACGGGGCUUCACCGUCAAAGCCGGUCAAGGGAUCGUAGACAAGGGGCAGAUGCGGUUAGAACAUAUCAAGAAAACUACAGAAACAUCCACAGAUAAAGCACACAUAGAUCUCAGGGACAGUCAGCCAGCAUCGCUAGCUGAUUUCUUGAGCGUCUAUGACAUGCUGAUUCUUAUAAGUCAAGAUCUCCACUUCGUGGACGUCAUGAAUCUGGGUCUCGUGUCCAAGAGAGUCCGUCAAGCCGUUCAACCAUCAGACGCGCAUAUUCAACGCAUGCUACACUUCAGAAUGUACACUUGCCAAUCGAACAGCAAAUCGAAAUGCUGGAUCUGUCUAAAUCAAACCUGUACAGACUGCGAGCAAUCUAGAUCCCUCAAACAAUUCCGACCUUUCUUCCAUCUUGACAGCUGCCAUCCCUUUUGCUCGUCGUGCUACUUCUCAAAAGUCCAGCGCGUUCCACGUACCUUCAGAGUCUCACGACUGUGCAAAUGCGAACCCGCUCCGGACAAACCUCAAUACUUGAGGCGCACGUGGUACGGCGGGCCCUCGAAUGAUCCGCCAAGCAAUCGCAUUCCGAUGGUGACUCGAUCCAUCUGUCAAAUUUGCAAUGAUUUGAGCGACGAAGAGUUGUUGAGUAGGCGGGAGAAGAGAACGGUUAGAGAGCUGAAGGAAGGGGCCGUGGAUCGGGGAUUGAAGUGUCAACAUUGUUCCAAGGUUUUGGGCAGGGGGGUUCGAUGGUGGAUUUGUAAAUGUUGUGCUAAAGAGUGUCGGAGCUUCUACCAUGGAGCGUGGGGGAAAUGGGGGAAAGGUGGGGGUAAUGGAGAUGUCACGGACACGCAUGAUUCUGUUUAA